UGACACACUAACGUUAGCUAUGCAAUUAGAUCAACAUAACAAUUGUCUUUGGAAAUGUGUUGACACGUAUUUAAUGGUAGUCAAUGCUAUACCCCUAGUAUGGGAAAUAUAUCCCAGCAAGCUAGUUUAUGGGUUGAGAUGUAACUUGACAUCCCAAUCCCAGUUGAGAUGUAGCACAAGACAGCUGAAAGUAAUUCUAGUUAGCUAGCUAACUCAGCUCGUUCAGCACAGGAAAGAUUGAAUUUUGACAUUGAUUGCAUGAGGGGAUGCCCAACAAGUCAGACAAUCAUGUCCAGUAAAGCCACGACUAAAGAGAAGAAAUCUGGUAGCUUCAGCAAGAAACUCUUCAGACGAGGCUCUGUGCGCUCUGUGGGUAGUUUUAUGGGGAGAGUCCUCAGGACCCUGUCAACCUUGUCCCAUUUUGGAUCAGAUGGGCAUGCUAUUGAAGGUGACAAAGACGAUGGGGGUUUCACAUUAUUCAAAACUGGAGGCAAAGAUUCAACAGCUUUGGAUGAUAGUGACCGUUACCUCGGAGAGAAGGUCCCUGGAGUGUCUGGUCUCAAAAACCAUGGUAACACUUGUUUCAUGAAUGCCAUCCUCCAGUGUCUGAGUAACACUGAACUCUUUGCUGAGUAUUUGGCACUGGAACAAUACCGGGGAGUCGAGGAAACGGACGAGGAGAAGGAGAAACCGAAGACAAACUGUGUGCAUUUGGGGAGGAAGGGCCCUCAGGACAGAGGCGAGGUGACAGAGCAGCUGUCUGGACUGGUCCGGGCCCUGUGGACAUUUGAAUACACCCCACAGCACAGCAGGGAGUUCAAAGUAAGUUGGUACAAUACAUCAUAAAGCAAAACUGCUUGUCUCACAGGACUGCAUUUGGCCCUCAGAUUCAGCCUAUACUACAGAUCUUUGAAACAGCCUAAUGGUCAAAUACAUUUAGGCUACAUCAUACUUCUGAGACUAGGCUAUCACCAGAACUUUCAAGCAGUGUUGCUUGUGCUGUUUGUUACAGAAUGCUGUCUCAAAGAGCGCUUUGCAGUAUAGAGGCAAUGGUCAGCAUGAUGCCCAGGAGUUUCUGCUCUGGCUUCUGGACAGGGUACAUGAGGACCUCAACAACCAUCCCAACAACAGGCCUUCCAUUAAGGUAAACUUUUGUUUGUACAUCAUAGAGUUAGGGGCUACUAAUGCAACUUCAGGAACGGUGGUAGAUGCUAGGUUAGCACAGCGAGACAGUUAGUGAUGUGACCUCGAGCCAGCAGGGAAUGGAGUUGUACCUGAGGUGAGUCAGCAGUCUGAGUGGAUGAGGUGACUGGCUAAUUGUGAUGUCCUUUGAAGCCUCACUCAGACAUUCCAAACGGAAUAACAUUGGAGCGAGGGAAAGGGCCUGGCAUCCUGCAGGCCAGGGCAGAUUUACCGACCUAACCCAUUUCUGAACGCAGAGCCCCUUAUCAGGCAUCAAUCUUCCAGCGCACUGGAACAAACAAGUUAGGAGAUAGAGCUCACUUCCCUACUUUACAGUGUGCUGACUGAUUCAUCUCCUGUGGGAGAAUGAACAGGAAGUGAUGGUGUUCUGUGUCCCCUUCCUGGAUUUCUCAGUCUCCUCGGUCUGCUAUCACUCACAGCUCCCUGCUCUGUAAAGGCGUCCGCAUGCUUCCCAUCCAAAACAAUCAGAGACUAAUCGUUUUCAUGCAAAUGUUGUUCACCUGAGAAGUAAAAUUGUGCGACUAAGGUCUCCUCUGCAAAAACGUCAAAGUUAGUGACUGAUAUCUUGAGUUAUCUUAGAUGAAUUCUGUCUAUGUUGAGGAAGUGUAUACUGGCUACGGUGUCUCAAGAUGGACAAACGGUACUAUUGCCGCUUUCCCGUUUUUCAAGCAAAGGUCUUUUAAGGGAGUAUGCGAGCACAUUCGUUCGCCUAGCUGAGUUCGACUAGGUGCCAGCAGAACCAAAGCACGAGGAAGGCUUUAGACAUGCAGAGUGAGAGACGUGACCUGAAUAGACCCCACAGAGCUUUGUUGAUUAGUCCGCCAUGUCAAAUGCCCAUACAUCCUUGAGGAUAAGUCAGAGGAGCUGCAGCAUCACUGGCAGUUUUGUUUGUAUUUUGGUCUCUUAUCCUUUGGAUGUCUUUCAGACUGUGCUUUGGAUGCUCUUUGACGUAGUGAAUAGAAUACAGCCUCAAUAUCCUAAAUCGUCUAAUAUGCAGUGAGAGCUCAUCCACUCUGUUUUCUCCUAUUAGCCACCAGUGGAAGAGGAUGAUGGGGGUCUAGAGGGGCCUUCUCUUCCGCUCUCUACCGGUUCAUUUGUGCAAGAGCUAUUUCAGGCCCAGUACAGGUAGGUCUUAUUUGAUGCUUACCGCUGAGGAGUUUUAUAUUCUCCAUUCUGUUUAUUCCUCAUGACUUCUUCUGAGACAAAGUAGUUCCCUUUCUUACCGACAGGUCGUCGCUCACCUGCCCGCAUUGCCAAAAACAGAGCAACACCUUUGAUCCUUUCCUCUGCAUCUCCCUGCCCAUCCCCUUACCUCACACAAGGUGAGUACACAUCUCUGCUGUGUUCCAGCAUUGGGUCUGGUGGCCGGAACAAGACUGUUGAAAUGUACAUCUUGAGACUACUUGAGACUGUGGUUCAUUUCAAUUUCCCAGGGAUGCGGAAGCAAAGCAAAUAAGAAGGAAUGUCGUUUGGGGCCAAAUAUGCCAUUUAGGAGACUAUCUGCAGACCAAGCCAAGCCAGUAUUAUGGGACUAAUCUAUUUCUAAAGCCAAUUUAAGGGCUACAUGCCCAGAAAAACACUCAAUGGCUAAAGCAAAAAGGAAAAUAGACAUACUUUUAAAUUUGAAAUGAAGAUGUAGGCCUGUGACAUUUUAGAAAUAUGUUGUGUUCUUCUCUGUCAUCAUUUUAGUAUUUUGAAUUUCAUUAUUUGUGCCUAGCAUUCAAAACCACCUUUAUGCUCACUCAGCUGAGGAUUCAUAAUGCUCCUAAACUGAGGUACCUGGGACAUGUAUGGCCUUUUUGUCCUCAUGACACAGUGAUGCUAUUUUACGAUGGUGUUAUACUGUCACAUCAAGGAGAGAGUACCCUGUUCGAUGCAGAUUCUUUUUUAAGCCACUAAAUUCAUUACUGCCCAUGCAUAAUUAAAGAUGGGAAGGAUGAGGUGAAAUUAGGAGAUAGGCAGUGGCACAUUACGUCCCAUUAGUCCUCCAGCGAAUCUGAUUGAUGACAGAAUAAUGGUCCUCCAGACCAAGGCUCAGUGGCUCACCGCUCUGGCUUCACUUCUUCUUCUUCCUCCUCCUCCCAGAAACACAAUCCUGUUACUCAAGUUUGGGUUAUCAGUUAUCACUCAUCUGAAGCAUCUAGGUUAUUUCUCAGAAUCAAAAUGUUCUGCUAUGCCUGUAAUGCCACUGUUUCUGGCCUUAGUUGAGCUGAUGUGAAGACAGAUCCCACAUAACUGAAGUUCAAAUGACAGAGAAACUCAGAAAUGGCAACCAUCUUGAAAAUGUGGGUUCUCCAAAAUGUGGGGUAUCUGAAACUGAACUCCUGAAAAAGCUGCAUUGCUGUGCCUGCUGGCUGAGUUCUUAGUGUCAGCUUAGAGAAGCACUGAUCCACACAGUCACCAGAGGAAUCCUGCUCAGUGCUCUGAGUAAUUACAAAUUAGCCAGUCUCCAGACAAUGAGGUAGCAGCAUUAUUAGAGGAGAUGGAAACCUGUCCUCUCCUAAGAGGUUGAUUAUUGGACGUAAUUGUGUUUGAUAUGGCGACAGUUGAGUUUGUCCAUUCUGUUAAUUCCUGGACCUUGUCAGUGGUUUUUAUCUGGUGUUUUGUAAUUAUUUCAUGCAGGGUGCCAAUAUUUGAUCCCUGUCAUUUCCCAUGUUUCUUCUCCUCCCAGGCCUCUGUAUGUGACAGUGGUCUACCAGGGGAAGUACUCUCACUGUAUGAGGAUUGGAGUGGCCGUGCCCCUGAACAGCACCGUGUACAGACUCCGAGAUGCUGUGUCACGUGAGACCAAGAUCCCCCUGGACCAGGUGCUGCUUCCUUCCUGCUCUCUUAUCCCUAGCAGCCUCAGCUCUGUCUUACUAGGUUACAUACACACAGACGUUAACUUGAAUGUUUUAUUUUAUUGUGGUAUCUAGCUACUAAGGAUUUCAAAGGAUUGUUAUCUGAAAAUAACAGUAAAGGAGCACCCUACUUAGGCUUACUUUUCCUUGAAUGAUUAAUCCCUGGGUACUAGACUGAUUGUGUGCCCAUUUCAGUAUUAAUAGCUGCUUUAUAGUGUUGUGGUAUUAGGAUAGUGAAUCAUAGUCUCUUAAUCAGGAUGAAGGGUUCACUGGAACAGAGCCCAUUGUAUCCAAGAACAACAGAACUGAUGCUUAGGUUUGAUGUGGCUGAACCUUUCAUACAGUGAUGUCAUUGGAUAACAUUAAGUAAAACACUAGUCUGUGUGAAAUCCUGGUCUGAAUAAGAAAAGCUGAUAUGAUUGAGGGAUAGGUCAAGGACUCCAGGAGGAAGGGAGGGGGUUUUCAAUCAUAGUGUGUAGCCUUCUGUAUUUACCAUUGUUCUGUAUUUACAGAAGAGGUAGGCCUAUACACUGUAGAGAAUACUGAUGUUUAUUUGUGUUCUGUUUUUCAUUCACUAAAAUGGGCAUGGCCUAACUAAUGUUUCACCAUCUUAUCUGAAUAAAAGCAUUUCAGAGUUGACUAAAUGGCAGCAGCGUAUUGAUUUGUUCUGACUUCCUCUUAUCUCUGUUUCAGUUUGUUUUGACGGAGAUGUACUACGACGGUUUCCAUCGCUCCUUCUGUGAUGAUGACGACGAUCUCGAUAUCAUUCAGGAGAGCGAUUCCAUCUUUGCCUUUGAGACGCCUGAGACCUUCAGGCUAGAGAACAUUCGAACCAAGAGAGGUACCUCUUCACUAUUAAUCUACUUUUGAUAUCAAAUUAUUCAAUACGUUUUGGGCAUUAAAAAAAUAAUAAUUUGUGCAGUUUUGGUAGUGUACUUGUCAUGCAUUUUGUGUAAUGUAUAUUGAAGUAUUGACUGAGUAUCAAUGACCAAUUGGGAUUUGAAAUCCAGGGAGUCUCCUUGCCAACCUGAACCAGAACAACUUAAAGUUUGGGAGUGAGAUGAGCAGGACUUCAUCUUUCAUGCAAGGAGCUGUGAAUCCUGCCACUGCAACGCCCAAUAAGAACAUGGGGGCCGACAAGAUGGUCCUGCUGAUCUGUAACCGAGCCUGCACCGGCCAGCAAGGGAGGAGGUACUAUAGAGAUGCACUAUUAAUAAUAUUGAUUACAAUGUUCUAAUUGUAUUUCUAUGGGUACUACAGCCCAGCGUUUUCCACUGUCCUCUGAAACCGUGCAGGUCAUAUGAGAUUUGUUAUAUUAAGGCAUAUUUGGAGUCUGUUAACAGUAGAAUAUCAUUCCUUCUGUUCCAGGUUUGGUCUUCCAUUUGUACUGUACAUGGAUCGCACUGUGACCUGGGAUAUCCUGCAGAAGGUGAUCCUGGAGAAGAUGCAUCACCUGCUCAGGCCAGGAGUUUACAUUCAGGUGGGUGAAUGGAAACACAAUCCCACAGAAUUGAGGUAAACUGUCAACUAAAAAACAAUGAUGAUAUGGCGAAAGACUCUGAAUUACAACCUGUGAAGGCUUUCACUAGCAGGCACUGUGGUUUACUGCAUUUAAUCCCCUAGAGUCGAUUGACGCACUGGAAUCUAAAUGACAUAACAAAAAAAUCCCCAUCAAAAUCCGUCAGUAUAAGCUAGAGAUAUGUUUUUUUGCAUUGGAUGUGUCUCGAUCCACUGCAUCCGCCAGUGUCGCACUUGCGCAUCUGCGGUAAAAUGCGGCAGAGCUAGAGCGGUGUGCGUCAGACCAUGAGAGAUCCAUAAAAUCGUUCUUCUCAUGAAAACGUCUGAACAGUUUGACCUAGAAAUUAUUAUGACCGCUCAAUGGAAAGGUAAGACUCCCACAAACUCAGUUUUGCUCUACGACCCCCACGAGUCACAGGAUUCGUCUGAAGGUAACCGGUACCGGUUAAAAAAAACGAAUGCAAGUAUGAAGGGAGUUUUGUGCCUACCCAAAAAAGGGGUUAAAUAUGUGUAAAAAAAAUAUAUAUAUAUAUACAGUACCAGUCAAAAGUUUGGACACACCUACUCAUUCAAGGGUUUUUCUUUAUUUUUUACUAAUUUCUACAUUAUAGAAUAAUAGUGAAGAAUUCAAAACUAUGAAAUAACACAUGGAAUCAUGUCGUAACCAAAAAAGUGUUAGACAAAUCAAAAUAUAUUUUAUAUUUGAGAUUCCACCCUUUGCCUUGAUGACAGCUUUGCACACUCUUGGCAUUCUCUCAACCAGCUUUACCUGGAAUGCUUUUCAAAUCAAAUCAAAUCAAAUUUUAUUGGUCACAUGCGCCGAAUACAACAGGUGCAGACAUUACAGUGAAAUGCUUACUUACAGCCCUUAACCAACAGUGCAUUUAUUUUAAACAAAAAAAGUAAGAUUAAAACAACAAGAAAAAAAAGUGUUGAGAAAAAAAGAGCAGAAGUAAAAUAAAGUGACAGUAGGGAGGCUAUAUAUACAGUAAAAUAAAGUGACAGUAGGGAGGCUAUAUAUACAGGGGGGUACCGUUGCAGAGUCAAUGUGCGGGGGCACCGGCUAGUUGAGGUAGUUGAGGUAAUAUGUACAUGUGGGUAGAGUUAAAGUGACUAUGCAUAAAUACUUAACAGAGUAGCAGCAGCGUAAAAAGGAUGGGGUGGGGGGGCAGUGCAAAUAGUCCGGGUAGCCAUGAUUAGCUGUUCAGGAGUCUUAUGGCUUGGGGGUAGAAGCUGUUGAGAAGUCUUUUGGACCUAGACUUGGCACUCCGGUACCGCUUGCCGUGCGGCAGCAGAGAGAACAGUCUAUUCAACGGUCUUGAAGGAGUUCCCACGUAUGCUGAGUACUUGUUGGCUGCUUUUCCUUCACUCUGCCGUCGACUCAUCCCAAACCAUCUCAAUUGGGUUGAUGUCGGGGGAUUGUAGAGGGCAGGUCAUCUGAUGCAGCACUCCAUCACUUUCCUUCUUUGUAAAAUAGCCCUUACACAGCCUGGAGGUGUGUUGGGUCAUUGUCCUGUUGAAAAACAAAUGAUAGUCCCACUAAGCCCAAACCAGAUGUGAUGGCGUAUCGCUGCAGAAUGCUGUGGUAGCCAGUGUGCCUUGAAUUCUAAAUAAAUCACAGACAGUGUCACCAGCAAAGCACCCCCACACCAUAACACCACCACCUCCAUGAUUUACAGUGGGAAAUACACAUGCAGAGAUCAUCAUUUCAUUCCUCGCCGUUCUCAUGAUCAUUGCAACUCCACGAGGUGAGAUCUUGCAUGGAGCCCCAGGCCGAGGGAGAUUGACAGUUCUUUUGUGUUUCUUCCAUUUGCGAAUAAUUGCACCAACUGUUGUCACCUUCUCACCAAGCUGCUUGGCGAUGGUCUUGUAGCCCAUUCCAGCCUUGUGUAGGUCUACAAUCUUGUCCCUGACAUCCUUGGAGAGCUCUUUGGUCUUGGCCAUGGUGGAGAGUUUGGAAUCUGAUUGAUUGAUUGCUUCUGUGGUCAGGUGUCUUUUAUACAGGUAACAAGCUGAGAUUAGGAGCACUUCCUUUAAGAGUGUGCUCCUAAUCUUAGCUCGUUACCUGUAUAAAAGACACCUGGGAGCCAGAAAUCUUCCUGAUUGAGAGGGGGUCAAAUACUUAUUUCCCUCAUUAAAAUGCAAAUCAAUUUAUAACAUUUUUGACAUGCGUUUUUCUGGAUUUUUUUUUUGUUAUUCUGUCUCUCGCUGUUCAAAUAAACCUACCAUUAAAAUUAUAGACUGAUCAUUUAUUUGUCAGUGGGCAAAUGUACAAAAUCAGCAGGAGAUCAAAUACUUUUUUCCCCUCACUGUAUCUCCUAAAUUUAGGACAGACACUUCAUAACCUUGUUUCUUAUUAUUUAUUUUUUGACUGUCCUUUUUGCCAUAUAUGAAUGUGUUAUUCAAUGCGUUUCUAUGGGCUUUAGUAGUAAAGGCCAAAAUCAAUAUGUUAUCAAAUACAUGUUUAUAUAUUUUUUAUUAUAUCUAAAGGGGUCCUAAAAUUCAAAAUAUAAUAGCUAAAUUAUCUAUAGUAUGACCAUCUUAAAACAAUUCCAUAUGUCAGCUUAGCACCCCCUAUCCUCCAACGUCUUAGACUCUAAAGAAAUAAACAGUUGAUUCCCAUGUAAUGGCACGUUGGACGUUUUAAGUUGCUUCAUUGGAUAGAAUGCAGUUGGUCUGGUUUGAAAAGCACAGCCAUGGCAACAUGUCUAUACGUAGUGGGAAUAGGGAUAGUGAGUAACUAAAGUCUUGGUAUUAUCUGCAGGUGGGGCCCUUCAGCCUACGAGUGGUUGGUGUGGUUGGCAUCACGUACCUCCUGCCCCAAGAGGAGCAGCCUCUCUGUCACCCAACAGUGGAAAGGUCAGUCUCCUUGUUAUUCCUGGUCCUCUGUAGCUCAGUUGGUAGAGCAUGGUGCUUGCAAUUCCAGGAUAGUGUGUUUGAUUCCCGGGACCACCCAUACAGAUGUGAUAUCUUAAUUUGACUAGUUUCUAUAUUAUAUGGAUUAUAAUGAAUGUACAUUUUUAUAGGGGUUGAUAAAUUUUUUGUUCAACCUCGAAUGCAAUACAUUUUCAUUUCCUGUUGCGCAGGAAAAUUCUCUGCGACAACAGGGUGAUCAAAUUAAGAUAGCACGUCUGUACGUAAAAAAUGUGUGCACACAUGACAGUAAGUCGCUUUGGAUAAAAGUGUCUGCUAAAUGGCUCUCAACCAGGGUCAUGUUCAGUAGGGCACAUAACAAAACGUUUCUCAUCACAAAAAGGACAUCUGUGUUCAGGUAGUAUCUCCCCUUUUCAAAAUGUUUUCUUUCCUACUGAACACCACCUCCUCACCCCCAAUGCACACUGUUGUUUACUGUUCACUGCCUCCUUGUAAUCCUCUAACCACACUUGAAUGCCAGAUCAGAUGCUCUUAUGUCACCAGAACCAUUAAAUGGCGUGCCUUUACAUGUUUUGGUGUCUGUUUCUUCACACACACUGCUUGCUCAGCAAGUUUGGUUUAUAGUUUAUAUCCCAGUUGCUGAUUCAAUUGAAUAGAAUGGAAGUUUGUCACACAGUACACACAUUAAAAAGCUGGAUAGAUAUGUGUACAGCAGGCAAAAGGACAGCCACAUGGGUAAUGUAAAUCCAACUCACUUAGAUUUGUAGUGUUUUAAAGAUGAGAGGAAUACAGCUUAUUGGUUGGAAUAUUUUUAACUUGUCAGGCAGGGUUGUGAAACUGGCUUGUUCUCGUUUUCCCUCAUAACAUAAUCUUUCAUCGGCAGAGCGUACAAGUCCUGUGGCCAGGGGGGACCGCCGCACGUCAAGAUAGUGGUGGAGUGGGACAAAGAGACCAAGGAUUAGUGAGUGAACGCUGCACAACAAUAUUGCUGGUGCUCUGCAUCCCUUUGAUAAACGCCAUGUUUCUGGGGUUUUGUGGUGAGAUUUAUCCUGCAGGGAAAUACAUUACCGUAAAUGAUCCCCAUAAAGCCACUAGGGAUGGGGACGGUUGUUAGAAUAUUUGAAUAUCCAAAUGGAAGUUAGUAUUCAAUUACUUGCGAGAAUAUAUACAGUUGAACUCGGAAGUUUACAUACACUUAGGUUGGAAUCAUUAAAACUCGUUUUUCAACCACUCCACAAAUGUCUUGUUAACAAACUAUAGUUUUGGCAAGUCGGUUAGGACAUCUACUUUUUCCAACAAUUGUUUACAGACAGAUUAUUUCACUUAUAAUUCACUGUAUCACAAUUCCAGUGGGUCAGAAGUUUACAUACAUUAAGUUGACUGUGCCUUUAAACUGCUUGGAAAAUUCCAGAAAAUGUCAUGGCUUUAGAAGCUUCGGAUAGGCUAAUUGACAUAAUUUGAGUCAAUUGGAGGUGUACCUGUGGAUGUAUUUCAAGGACUACCUUCAAACUCAGUGCCUCUUUGCUUGACAUCAUGGGAAAAUCAAAAGAAAUCAGCCAAGACCUCAGAAAAGAAAGUGCAGACCUCCACAAGUCUGGUUCAUCCUUGGAAGCAAUUUCCAAACGCCUGAAGGUACCACUUUCAUCUGUACAAACAAUAGUAUGCAAGUAUAAACACCAUGGGACCACGCAGCCGUCAUACCGCUCAGGAAGGAGACGCGUUCUGUCUCCCAGAGAUGAACGUACUUUGGUGCGAAAAGUGCAAAUCAAUCCCAGAAAAACAGCAAAGGACCUUGUGAAGAUGCUGGAGGAAACAGCUACAAAAGUAUCUAUAUCCACAGUAAAACGAUUCCUAUAUCGACAUAACCUGAAAGGCUCUCAGCAAGGAAGAAGCCACUGCUCCAAAACUGCCUUUAAAAAGCCAGACUACGGUUUGCAACUGCACAUGGGGACAAAGAUUGUCCUUUUUGGAGAAAUGUCCUCUGGUCUAAUGAAACAAAAAUAGAACUGUUUGGCCAUAAUGACCAUUGUUAUGUUUGGAGGAAAAAGGGGGAGCUUGCAAGCCGAAGAACACCAUCCCAACCGUGAAGCACGGGGUGGCAGCAUCAUGCUGUGGGGGUGCUUUGCUGCAGGAGGGACUGGUGCACUUCACAAAAUAGAUGGCAUCAUGAGGAAGGAAAAUUAUGUGGAUAUAUUGAAGCAACAUCUCAAGACAUCAGUAAGGAAGUUAAAGCUUGGUCGCAAAUGGGUCUUCCAAAUGGACAAUGACCUCAAGCAUACUUCCAAAGUUGUGGCAAAAUGGAUUAAGGACAACAAAGUCAAGGUAUUGGAAUGGCCAUCACAAAGCCCUGACCUCAAUCAUAUAGAACAUUUGUGGGCAGAACUGAAAAAGCAUGUGUGAGCAAGGAGGCCUACAAACCUGACUCAGUUACACCAGCUUUGUCGGGAGGAAUGGGCCAAAAUUCACCCAACUUAUUGUGGGAAGCUUGUGGUAGGCUACCCAAAACGUUUGACCCAAGUUAAACAAUUUAAAGGCAAUGCUAUGAAAUACUAAUUGAGUGUAUGUAAACUUCUGACCCACUGGGAAUGUGAUGAAAGAAAUAAAAGCUGAAAUAAAUCAUUCUCUCUACUAUUAUUCUGACAUUUCACAUUCUUAAAAUAAAGUGGUGAUCCUAACUGACCUAAAACAGGGAAUUUGUACUGGGAUUAAAUGUCAGGAAUUGUGAAAAACAAAGUUUAAAUGUAUUUGGCUAAGGUGUAUGUAAACUUUCGACUUCAACUGUGUGUGUGUAUGUAUAUAUAUAUAUAUAUAUAUAUAUAUAUAUACAUACAUACAUACAGUGGGGAGAAAAAGUACUUGAUACACUGCCGAUUUUGCAGGUUUUCCUACUUACAAAGCAUGUAGAGGUCUGUAAUUUUUAUCAUAGGUACACUUCAACUGUGAGAGACGGAAUCUAAAACAAAAAUCCAGAAAAUCACAUUGUAUAAUUUUUAAGUAAUUAAUUUGCAUUUUAUUGCAUGACAUAAGUAUUUGGUACAUCAGAAAAGCAGAACUUAAUAUUUGGUACAGAAACCUUUGUUUGCAAUUACAGAGAUCAUACGUUUCCUGUAGGUCUUGACCAGGUUUGCACACACUGCAGCAGGGAUUUUGGCCCACUCCUCCAUACAGACCUUCUCCAGAUCCUUCAGGUUUCGGGGCUGUCGCUGGGCAAUACGGACUUUCAGCUCCCUCCCAAAUAUUUUAUAUUCGGUUCAGGUCUGGAGAAUGGCUAGUCCCCUCCAGGACCUUGAGAUGCUUCUUACGGAGCCACUCCUUAGUUGCCCUGGCUGUGUGUUUCGGGUCGUUGUCAUGCUGGAAGACCCAGCCACGACCCAUCUUCAAUGCUCUUACUGAGGGAAGGAGGUUGUUGGCCAAGAUCUCGCGAUACAUGGCCCCAUCCAUCCUCCCCUCAAUACGGUUGCAGUCGUCCUGUCCCCUAUGCAGAAAAGCAUCCCCAAAAGAAUGAUGUUUCCACCUUCAUGCUUCACGGUUGGGAUGGUUGUUCUUGGGGUUGUACUCAUCCUUCUUCUCCCUCCAAACACGGCGAGUGGAGUUUAGACCAAAAAGCUCUAUUUUUGUCUCAUCAGACCACAUGACCUUCUCCCAUUCCUCCUCUGGAUCAUCCAGAUGGUCAUUGGCAAACUUCAGACGGGCCUGGACAUGCGCCGGCUUUGAGCAGGGGGACCUUGCAUGCGCUGCAGGAUUUUAAUCCAUGAUGGCGUAGUGUGUUACUAAUGGUUUUCUUUGAGACUGUGGUCCCAGCUCUCUUCAGGUCAUUGACCAGGUCCUGCCGUGUAGUUCUGGGCUGAUCCCUCACCUUCCUCAUGAUCAUUUAUGCCCCACGAGGUGAGAUCUGCAUGGAGCCCCAGAUCGAGGGAUAUUUGACCGUCUCUUGAACUUCUUCCACUUUUCUAAUAAUGUGCCAAACAGUUGGUGCCUUCUCACAAGCUGUGCCUAUGUCUGUAGCCAUUCAGCCUUGUGCAGGUUACAAUUUACCCUGAUGUUCUUACCAAGCUCUUGGUCUUUGCCAUUGUGGAGAGGUUGGAGUCUGUUUGAGGAGUGUGGGAACAGGUGUCUUUACUACAGGUAAACGAGCUUGCAAACAGGUGCAGUUAAUACAGGUAAUGAGUGGAGAACAGGAGGGCUUUAAGAAAACUAACAGGUUGUGAGAGCCGGAAUCUACUGGUUGGUAAGUGAUCAAUACUUAUGUUUCAAUAAUUGCAAAUUAAUUACUUAAAAAUCAUACAAUGUGAUUUUAUGGAUUCCAGUUCUCUCACAGUUGAAGUGUACCUAUGAUAAAAUUACAGACCUCUACAUGCUUUGUAAGUAGAAAAACCUGCAAAAUCGGCAGUGUAUCAAAUACUUGUUCUCCCCACUGUAUAUAUAAUAUAUAUAUAUAGGCUAGGCCUAUUUUAAUGAAAUACUUUGUCUAACAUUUUAUUAUAUAUGUGAUAUUGCAACAUAUAAGGAUAUACCAUGACAUUAGACAUUUUAAUAAAACAGCAGUUUUAUUAUGACAGUUUUUAUGAGUGCUCUCCAUUUAAAAAAAAAAAAGACGUACCGGUAGCCUACACACACUUCAUGAGUGUAGCUUGUUAUUGUCGGUCAAUCAAAGCAGCACUACCAUCAAAAGCUCCAUGUGUACCAAGUGAAGUGGGAGGAUUUCUAAUCAAUGCAAAAUGGAAUUACAAUUACGAAAUUAAGUUGGCUUAAUGUAAGUAAGUAGGCUACAAUGAUCAACCAACAGGUAGGCUGUUGUUUAAUAUGAAUGGAGUUGUUGUAGACAAGGACGUUGGGAGCACAGCAGCCCGGGCGGCAGGUAGCUUAGUGGGUAAAUUGUGCCAGUAACCGAAAGGUUGCUGGUUCUAAUCCCCGAGCCGACUAGGUGAAAAAUCUGUCGAUGUGCCCUUAAGCAAGGCACUUAACCCUAAUUGCUGAUGUAAGUCACUCUGGAUAAGAGCGUCUGCUAAAUGACUAAAAUGUAAAAUGUAAAUGUAAGCUAGCUAGCUAGCUGGCUAACUCAUUUAGCUGGGUCAUUCCUACUAAGCGAUACAUUUUGGAUCUCAUAACUUUUGGACAAAAUAUAUACUGAACAAAAAUAUAAACAAAAUGUAAAUUGGUGGUCCCAUGUUUCAUGAGCUGAAAAAAAAAAAUCCAGAAAUUUUCCGUACGCACAAAAAGCGUAUUUCUCUCAAUUUUUUUGCACUAAUUUGUUUACAUCCCUGUUAGUGAGCAUUUCUCCUUUGCCAAGAUAAUCCAUCUACCUGACAGGUGUGGCAUAUCAAAAAGCUGAUUAAACAGUGCGAUCAUUACACAGGUGCACCAACUGCUUGGGAAAAUAAAAGGCCACUCUAAAAUUUGCAGUUUAGUUUUGAGGGAGCGUGCAAUUGACAUACUGACUGCAGGAAUGUCCACCAGAGCUGUUGCCAGAGAGUUUAAUGUUCAGUUCUCCACUAUAAGCUGCAUCCAACGUCGUUUUAGAGAAUUUGGCAGUACGUCAAACCGGCCUCACAACCGCAGACCACGGGUAACCACGCCAGCCCAGUACCUCCACAUACAGCUUCUUCACCUGCGGAAUCGUCUGAGACCAGCCACCCAGACAGCUGAUGAAACUAAGGAUUAUUUAUGUCUGUAAUAAAGCCCUUUUGUGGGGGGGGGGAAACGAAUUCUGAUUGGCUGGACCUGGCUCCCAAGUGGGUGGGCCUAAUGCACCCCUGGCCAGUCAUGUGAAAUUAUAGAUUAGGGUUUAAUGAAUUUAUUUAAAUGUACUGAUUUCCUUAUAUGAACUGUAACUCAGUGAAAUUGUUGCAUGUUUUUCUUUAAAACAUAUGUAUUUCGACUAUCCGGAUAUUCGAAUGGUGAAAUAAUUAAAAAUGCCCAUCUCUUAAAGCCACUAAAUAUUCAUUUAAACAAAAUAGAUUGUCUAAAGAGAGGGGCGAGAGAUUAUAGCAGACGAGGCACUUUGAUGUUUGUUUUUGCUUUAUUAAGGCAAAAGUCUGCACGCUUCAGUUCGGCUGGUGUCUUGCCGAACUCGGCUUGGCAAACCGAACGAGUGUGCUUGAGAUAGGAAAAGAGAGAGAGGGGGGGGAAUGGAGAGAGAGACGGCGAGGGAGAGAGCGAGCGCUAGGAAAACUUCCAAUAGGGAGAGAGCAGCCACACCACUGAAUCUGGGACACCUUCCCUCAACAUCACAGACUCAACCUCAUGGUGUAGAAACCCCAGCUUCUGGGACACCUUCGCUUGAUAAAUGCGAAAGAAACUGCAAUAGUACUGUUUGUCCAUUUUGAGACACUGUAGUCAGAAUUAAUCGAAGAUAACUCAAGAAAUCUGUCAUUAAUUUUGACGUUUUUGCCGAUGAGUUCAUAGUCGCGCAAUUUUACAUUUAACUAAGAUGUUUGAUGCAGUAUUUAUUUCUCAAUUAAAACAUCUGCAUGAAAACGAACCGUCUCUCGUUGAAUGACAACAAAGGCUUUAUUGAAGAAUCGCUACUGUUGACCAAUCACAGACGAAGGGGCGGAGACUUUGGCUACCGACUUCGGCUUGCCUCAGAAAAAAGGUGUGCCCGAACAGCCACAUUUUAUUUUUACCGAACUCCAAAAUGAACAGAAACUUCACAUAAUGCCGUCAUAAUAUAUGCACAACCUCUUACGAACUGUUUUGGCUGGGAAGCACGCGGGUGCCUUUAGACAGGAUAACAUAAAGGAAUGAAAUCCUUAAGUAUUAGCCUACCUAAGCAAUCUCCACUUAUUGGGAAGUGUCAGAUUAGUAUUGUGUGUUAGGAAAGGAGGCAGUGUGUUGUUGAGUGAUUCAUUGGCUGACUGUGACUCCCCUCCCCUUCCAUGCAGUCUGUUUGGGCUCACUGAGGAAGAGUACAUCCCUGAUGCUGAGAGUGUGUAUCUGCACAGAGAGCAACACCAUCAGCCCCAGGCCUGCACCCUCGCUCAGUGCCUCCACGAUCUACACCAAAGAGGAGCAGGUAACACUGGUGUACACACACACACACACACACACACACACACACACACACGUUGUGUUGGUAUCACAAGGCCACACACAAUGGCCGUCGAUGCAUUUGUAUGCUGUCGUAUGUAUUUAAACAAGAAAAGAGACUUGAAAAAAGGAACAUUUUCUUACCUUCUUACCAGAGGGUUUGUUUAUUAUUCCACAGCUGACUAUCCAAUAGCCUUUCAUUUGGUUCAAAUGCUGAGGGUGCUGGAUAUUCUGCCCCUAAUGCUAUGUUUGAAAUACAGCAUUUUUAUAAUGGCUUCUCUCUGUCUGGAAGGACACCAGAUAGACUCUGAAUAUACACUGUGGUUAGCCGAGGCUGGAGGUGGUCAGUUUAAGAACUGGCUCUGGUCACAAAAAUGAGGUUGCUGUGAAAACAUGGAGUAGAGCAGUCAGGAACUCCCUCUAUGAGUGAGACUGAUUUAAAAGCACUGCGGUGGGGAGCUUUUCCUUGAUGGCUGCGUGUGUGGGCUGUCUCUGUUCCAGCUGGCCCCGGAUGAUGCCUGGCGCUGCCCCCACUGCAAGCAGCUGCAGCAGGGCCGCAUCAAGCUCAGCCUGUGGACCCUGCCUGACGUCCUCAUACUGCACCUCAAGAGGUUCAGACAGGUACUGCAGCAACAACAUAGCAUUCAGCACCCCCUUCAAUUCCCACACUGAGAAUUGUGUCCAAACAUUCCUGUUAUGUUUUAGUAAUGGUAGUUUCUCAUGCUUUGGGCGGCCCGACUGGUUCUUAUUCUUGGUUUGCCUUCAGUCAGUGUUGCUUUGCUUUUUCUGUCUUGUCCAUGUUCAGUCACUGUCACUCAGUCUUACCCAGUGACCUAUCUCCUGCCUGUCUAAGAGGCAGGUGUAGCGACAGUUCAGUUGACUGGGUACUGAUGUGUUUACUGCUGUGUCCUGUAGGAGGCUGACAGGAGGGUGAAGAUGCAGAACAUGGUGCGGUUCCCUCUGCUAGGCAUGGACAUGGCUCCUCACAUGGUGAAGAGGUCCCAGAGCAGCUGGAGCCUGCCCUCCCACUGGUCACCAUGGAGACGACCGUACGGCCUGGGGCGUAACCCUGACGACUACCUGUACGACCUGUACGCCGUCUGCAAUCACCACGGAAACAUGCAUGGAGGCCACUACACAGGUAAGACUGGUGGUUUAGCAGUAGGGGGUAGUAGUCACUGACUGUGGAGGUAGAUGGAUAGGACUGACAGUUUCUUCACCAUCACCCUAAAUCUCUUGUUCUUCUAACCCCCAGCUUACUGUAAGAACUCUAUUGACGGCCAGUGGUACUGCUUUGACGACAGUGAGGUCCAGCCCAUCGCUGAUGAUGAUGUGUGUCAGCAGACGGCCUACAUCUUGUUCUACCAGAGGAGGAACACCAUCCCCUCCUGGUCCGCCAAUAGCUCCGUAGCAGGUCAGUGUUGGCUUCUUGGAGUGUGGGAUUUUCCUGACACUAAUGUUUAGUUAAGAUGGUGUAUUACGUUGUUCGAUAGGAGAAAUGUCAUUAAGUGACAUUGAAACUGUUUGUCCAGUCUUAGUUGGACUGUAUCAUCAACAACUUGGAGUGAGUUUGGUUAUCUGUGAGAGACCUGAGGGGUUGAUUGUUGUGUCUAUCUGUGCCAGGCUCCACCAGCUCAUCUCUGUGUGACCACUGGGUGAAUCGUCUCCAAGGAAGCAGGCCGGCCAGCCUGGCUUCCGGGGCCUCCUCCAGACGCACCUCUCUGGCUUCCCUGGGCGAGUCGGUGGAGUUCACCACAUGGGACCACUGCGAAGAUGACGGUGGGAUACACUGGGAUACUCUGUCUUCUUUCUCCUUCUUCAGCUCUUUUCCCCUCCUCUCUCCCUCCUUUAGCUAGUUAUUUUUAACUUAUACUAUCUGUUACCAUGCCCACUUGAGAAAAGGGGGCAUUAAAUUAUCCUUUCAUUGAGUCUAGUGCAUUAGUGUAAACUCAUUUAUUUUAAUCUAUUUAGGUGGUUUUUCGACCCGUCCCUUUGUUCGAAGCAUCCAGCGUCAGAGCUUGUCUUCCAGGUCAUCCAUUGCCAGUCCUCUGGCCUUCAGUGAGAACGGCAUGAAGCCCUCCUGGUCCCUCUCUGCCAAGCUCCAGAUGAGGUCCAACUCCCCCUCACGCUUCUCCCUGGACUCACGCUCCUCUCCCCCCUUGGAGAGGAUAGGAGAGAGGGGAGAGGCGUGUGAUGACAAGGUAUCCACGUCUUGCUUCGGUAGCUACAGCAGGCACGAGCGCUACCCUGGUGGCAGGGCCCCCUUGGCCAUGAUGGAGGGGAACAGCACCGAUCAGGACCAUGACAGGAGGAUCCUAGACGAGAUCUACUGCAGGGCCCCCACGCCAGCCGAUAAGAAGAGCUCCAAGAGUGACCCGACUGACAACAACAACCAGAUAACAGCCCUGGACCAAAACGCACAAGCCACCCCGUCGAAGGAGCAGAAACGCAAGAGCAGCACCGCCGGAUCUGCCCAGAAGUUAGAGGCCAUCGGGUCCAAAAAGAGUUCCAUCAAGUCUGGGCCAGCGAAAAGCUCAAAGAAGCGCCAGUGUUCGUCCUCCAACCCCAAGUCCUCUACAUCCCAAAUGUCUUCCAGCCCUGUGGUGAAGGGCCCCAAGGUGACCAACUCUAAAGACAAGACCACCAGCAGCGGCAGUGCUACGCCCACCAGGACCCCAUCCAAAAAGAAAGAGUCUUUGUCUUCCAAGGGUCCCGACUCGGCAGCUGAUACCCCCCAGCGCAAGCAGCGCAUCUCCACGCCGCAGUCCUCCGCCUCCCCCUCCCCCACCGUGAAGAAGAGUUCCCCUGGCCUUGAGAAGACCUCUGGUCGGAAGAAGCUGCUGGAGAGGAGCUGCAGUCGGGACUCGGGGUUGGUAAGCCCUCUGGUUGAUAGGCCACGCUGGGGCAGCAACGCUGCAGCCCGGACCCCCACCAAGACCGCUGCGGAGGGGGUCCGUCCAGAGAGGAGGUUUUUGCGGAGUUCCAUCAGCAGCUCCUCUGUCACCAGCCUGCGCUCCCCCAGCGUCUCCUCCAGGGACCCUAGGCGCAGCAGCAAGUCAGAGGACAAGGGUCUGUCGUUCUUCAAGAACGCCCUGCGCCAGAGAGAGUCUCGCCGGUCGGCCGAUCUGGGUAAGACCAGCAUCCUGGCCAAGAAGGCCUCUGAGAGGACAGCCAGGCUGAGCGGUCUGGAGGGGGAUGGGUCGGCCAAUGCCUCACUGCAGGCCUCCCCAGAGCAUCAUGUGAACGAGGUUGUCACUGAGGUAAAGGAGUCCUCCAAGCCCUCCACCCCAGUCAGACGCUCUCUGUUACCUGUUAUAGGCAAAUCCAAGUCUUCCACUUCUGAAUCCAGUCUUAAUUCUCCCCCCAAUGGGAAAAAGCCUCUUGAGAAGCAGGCAUCCUCCAGAAAGCUUUCUGCCAGCAUGCAAUCUUCUGCACGCCCGACACAGAAGCCUCAA